UUGGUGGUUAGAAGAUAUGGUACGAUUCUGUAAACCUAUUAGCUUGUUGCUUUUGACCAUAACUUUAUGGACCCUGAUCACUGCGAAUGGAUUGGAAAUAUGUGUCAAACGAGUCACUUUAGCCCGAGCCGAGCAAAUUGAUGAGAACGGCCGUAGAUGCUGGGAUAGAGUCAAGGUUCAUUCCUGUGGUGGGAGAUGUGACUCUAGAGAAAUUUCAGAUUGGGAGUUUCCGUUCAAGAAAUCACAUCACCCAGUGUGCGUUUAUGGGACUCGGCGAUCAGUUAUGGUGCGUUUGCGCAACUGUGAUCCAGACGUUGUUCCUGGCACGGAACAUUUUCAUUACAUAGCUGCAGACGACUGCCGGUGCAAAGUAUGCUCCUCCCAACAUACGAGUUGUGAAUGGUUGCCCCCAAAUUCUACUCUUCUCCAAGGCAUAAAUGACAAUAUGCGCGACAAUGAUAUUGAUUAUAAUAUUUAAAGUAUCUUAUUGCUAUUUUGAAAAUGUUUAUGGUUUGAAAAUGAUAAUAUUGUCAAUAUAAUUAAUUUCUUGAUUAACU